AUGUCAACCGAGCCACUUCUACCCUCUUACUCCUCCAUUCUGGAGAACGAACGAGAGCGACGUCCCUACCGAUACAGGCAAGGCAGUAGAAGGGCCAACACAACCCCGCCACUUCCUCCAGUUCAACUUCUCAGCGCCCUGUUCUUUGCCGGUGCCGUGAUAGCCUCUACAUACUGGGCCUACAAGAGCUAUACAGCUCCGGACGGGGCCCCACUGGAGGCAGCUCCUUUGCUCCCUUACUUUGCAUCGUUAUCCCUGAUCCUUUCUUUCUGUUCGUGGAUCGGCUACCUAGUCUCCAUCCUCUAUGACCAGGACAACCUUUCUCUUUUCCAGCGGAAACUUGUCAUAUGGAUCUCAGUCGUUGGAAAGGUAGUGUUAGGGGUCGCACACGCAGUCAUUUGGUUCGAAUACAAACAAGUCUUCCCCGGCACAAAACAACCCAACUGGAUUAUUAUGUUUCUCGCGAUGCAAGCAUGGUGGGACUUCCUGCUGUUAAUCGGGUAUUCUAUGCUGCGAAUAAUAAUUAAAUGUGAUCGAGCAGAACCAACAUGUUCGCAAUGUGUGCGAGCAUUCUUCUCUUGUCCAGGCUACCGCGAUCUGCAACAACUGCAUUAUCGCAAUGAGAACGAGAAAGUUAGGUCCCGGGUGCGAUCUGCUCAGUACAGUACUGAACGACAAGUCGGUUGGGCAAAGGAAACCGGGCCACAAAGUCGCCAAGCCUUCAAAGCCGCGGUUGUUGCUCAGUCUCUACAAUCUCUCCCUGCAUCCCUGUCAUCGUCCACAUCCGCUGAGUCGGUCGGCUUUUUCUUCCGGUACUACGUUCUUGAAGAUGGCCACAAUAUCCCUAUCUAUUUGAGUGCCUCCCAGAUGGAAGUGCUGGCAGCAAACAGCCCGUCAGUCAUGCAGAGUCUGGUCGCAGUGGGCUUAGCAGGGCUGUCUAAUAUCAAAAAGUCCCCUGAUUUGAUGAGUAAAGCAACUGAGGAAUAUACGCGAGCACUGCAUUUAAUUAACGGCGCUUUAAAAGAUGAAGCUCAGCGCAAGAGUGACGCUACACUAGCGGCUACAAUGCUUCUUGGCAUGUUUGAGGUCCUGACGUGCAACACUCCCUCCUCCUUAGAGUCAUGGGCCCAGCAUAUUCGUGGUGCCUCAGCCCUUAUAGAAAUGAGAGGGGCCGAGCAGAUCAAAUGGAUCGUUGGCAUGAGAAUGUUCACCCACCUGCGAGUGCAGAUCAUAGCCAGCUGCUUGCACUGGCGCCUUUCCAUUCCAGCAUCGAUUGUGCACUGGUCUCUCCAGGCUAUGACAGAGAGAUCAGUAGCGGACGCGAAAGCGGAUGAGCUGGUUGAUCUGGUUGCUCACGUUGCCCGACUGCUAUCCCAAGCACGAAUGAAUCUGGCGUCUGAUAUAGUAUCCUCGGCAGCAACUAUUGACAGAUACCUUCGCCAGUGGAGACAGACUCUUCCGCCUCGAUGGGCUUACCAGACCGUACCAGGGCCUCCCGUGCGCAACCGGAGCCCGUCUCAUAUAAAGUUCUACUAUACCCACGUAUAUCAUAUAUACCCUGAUCUUUGGGCAUGCAAUAUCUGGAACUUUUAUCGAAGCGCUCGCAUACUACUGAACCAAUUGAUGCUGAACAGUGCGGAGAUAGGUGAUCAAGCAGAACAUGUCCAGAGAAGAGAAACUGUGGCCCAGUUGAGUACAGAGAUUGCGGAAAGCGUUCCUUUCGCACUUCAACUUGUAGACAGCAGAGCCACAAAUUUUCCCUCGCUUGACCACUGUCUUGGGGGAUUUACGAUUUUAUGGCCCCUAUACGUGGCGGCCAAUACAAACCCUUUAGGCUCUACAUUGCGGGAAUGGGUAGUUGAACGAUUCGAGACGAUUGGGAAUGAUAUGGGUAUAGGGCAGGCCCAUUUCAUGGCCAGAACUCUACGAAACACAUGUGCCCCUGUCCCCUAA